AUGCUUUACCCCCCAACUACCGGAUCAAAUCACGGCACGUGCUCUCUUGUCCCCAAUAUACUGGACGUCAGCGCGUUCAACGGCGCCGCCGUCGCCACCUCGGCCAAGUCGUCCUCCGCCAUGAAGAUGUCGUUCGAGUCGGAGAUCGGCGCGCAGCCUCCCCUCGGAUUCUGGGACCCGCUCGGCCUCCUCGCGGACGCGGACCAGGAGCGGUUCGAGCGCCUCCGGUACGUGGAGGUGAAGCACGGGCGCAUCGCUAUGCUCGCCAUCGCCGGUCACCUGACCCAGCAGAACGUCCGCCUCCCCGGCAUGCUGUCGAACUCGGCGGACCUGUCGUUCGCGGACAUGCCGAACGGCGUGGCCGCUCUGUCGAAGAUCCCCCCGGCGGGCCUCGCGCAGAUCUUCGCGUUCGUGGGCUUCCUUGAGCUGGCUGUGAUGAAGAAUGUGGAGGGCUCCUUCCCCGGAGACUUCACGAACGGCGGCAACCCGUUCGCGUCCUCGUGGGACGCGAUGUCGGAGGAGACGCAGGCGUCGAAGCGCGCGAUCGAGCUGAACAACGGGCGCGCGGCACAGAUGGGCAUCCUGGCUCUAAUGGUGCACGAGGAGCUGAACAACAAGCCGUACGUGAUCAACGACCUCCUCGGCGCGGGAUACACCUUCAACUAAAUUUCUCGUUCGUGCGUUCUUCAGAACUUUUGCACCGAUUUUGUUGCUGGGGGCGCUAUGUGAAUAGCAAUGUCAUGUUGUGAUUUUGUGAACUGUUUUGUUUUAGAGCUGCAAUGGGGGAAGGGGACCACCUCUUGCUCCCUAGAUGGUAGCCGGAUGAUGCUCUCCUGCCGCCGGAUUUCAUUUUGUUUUGGGCUCAUAGAAGCGGUGUAAUGUCUACCGAUGCAGGAAACAACGACCGCAGGGGAGGGGGCUGGGGGAAGGGGGUCUCUUUUUAGUGUGGUGUCUGCUCUGUGCCUGGUCUUGCAGCGAUUCAGCCUGGUGGAUGGUGUCUGGUUGUCGCUGUUGCUCGUUUGCCCUUUGGUGGUUUAUGUCUUGUCAUACCGGGAUGCCUGCACUAGAGAGGCGUUCUGCGAUAGUAAAGAUCUUCGCUUUUGCACUGUUUUUUAAUGAUUUGAAGAAGGAACUGCUGAAUGAACAUACUUUUAAACCCAACCAAUCGAGCUU